GGAGAAGUUGGCCAGGCGGGUGGAUGCUGGCGGCCCGGCACGUCGUGUGCGCCCUGUCGGGCGGAGUGGACAGCGCCGUGGCCGCGCUGCUGCUGAAGCGGAGAGGUUACCAGGUGACAGGGGUGUUUAUGAAGAACUGGGAUUCCCUGGAUGAGCGUGGCGUUUGCACUGCUGACAAAGACUGUGAAGAUGCUUACAAAGUGUGUCAGAUUCUAGACAUCCCUUUCCAUCAGGUGUCCUUCGUGAAGGAGUACUGGAAUGAAGUGUUCAGUGAUUUUUUAAAUGAGUAUGAAAAAGGAAGGACUCCGAAUCCUGACAUAACGUGCAACAGACAUAUUAAAUUCAAUUGUUUUUUUCAUUAUGCUGUGGAUCACCUUGGAGCUGAUGCUGUGGCCACAGGUCACUAUGCAAGAACGUCCCUGGAAGACGAGGAAGUCUUCCAGCAGAAGCACAUUAAGAGACCAGAAGGGCUUUUCAGAAAUCGAUUUGAAGUUAGAAACGCGGUAAAACUCCUCCAGGCAGCUGACAACUUUAAAGACCAGACCUUCUUUCUCAGCCAGGUUUCCCAGGAUGCCCUGAGGAGAACCAUCUUCCCUCUGGGGGGAUUAACAAAACAGUUUGUAAAGAAAAUAGCUGCUGAGAAUAGACUUCAUCACGUGCUCCAGAAAAAGGAGAGCAUGGGCAUCUGCUUUGUUGGUAAAAGAAACUUCGAGAAUUUCAUUCUUCAGUAUCUGCAGCCUCGGCCUGGGAACUUCAUUUCCAUAGAAGACAACAAGGUCCUGGGAACACAUCAAGGUUGGUUCCUGUACACUUUGGGCCAGAGAGCCAGGAUUGGCGGCCUGAGGGAGCCCUGGUACGUGGUGGAGAAGGACGGCGCCAAGGGUGACGUUUUCGUGGCCCCGCGGAUGGACCACCCUGCCCUGUACCGGGACCUGCUGCGCACCAACCGCGUGCACUGGGUCACAGAGGGGCCGCCGGCCGCCCUGGUCCGCGACAAGAUGAUGGAGUGCCACUUCCGCUUCCGCCACCAGAUGGCGCUAGUGCCUUGUGUGCUGACCCUCAACCAGGACGGCACCGUGUGGGUGACCGCAGUGAAGGCUGUGCGGGCGCUCACCCCCGGGCAGUUUGCCGUGUUCUACAAGGGGGACGAGUGCCUGGGCAGCGGGAAGAUCCUGAGGCUGGGGCCAUCCGCCUACACACUGCAGAGGGGCAGGAGCAGGUCCCGAGCGGCCUCCGAGGGCUCCAGCGAUGGGGCAGGCCCAGGCCCCACGCCCUGACCCGCCGCGGGGCUGCCCGCUGCUGCUGCUGCCGCCGCCAAGCUGAGGGAGCGAGCCGGGGCCG